GGAAAAAGAGGGGGGGAGUGGAACGGUGGGUGUUGUGAAAAAUAGUGCAUCGUGUCAGCAGGAGGCUUCUCCGUCGCUGCAAAAUCAGUGGAAUGGAAAUGACAAUUUCGUCAAUCCAGCCUUAAACCUCAUUUCUCCAUUACUAGGGUUUUAGAAUGCCGCCUAGGCUUUCUCUAUCAUCGUCAUUCUUAUCCCUAUCCUCUCUCUGUCGGUUCUGCUCUCUUUUUUGCAGUAAUGAUCUUACGUUCUCCCCGUCUUUCUCUCCCUCAUUCAAUUUGCUUCCUAAAUCGUGAAAUGGGUAUGAUGGAUUUGAGGCAGAAGGGACUGUUGUUGGCAGAUACUAAAUGUUGUGUUGAUUGUAAGACAACCAAAACUCCUUUGUGGCGUGGAGGCCCUACUGGACCUAAGUCACUGUGCAAUGCAUGCGGGAUCAGGUUUAGAAAGAGAAGAAUAUCCACCAUAGGAACAAACAGAGGAUAUGACAGGAAGAGAGAAAGAGUUCAUAACAAUGGCUCCACCAUUACGACCACCGUGUCAGCCACCACUUCCUCGACUGGGACGACGACAACCACCACCUCUGGCAGUGGUGAUGGAGAUGGGGAUGAGAAUUUGGGGGAAUGUGGGUCAUUAGGGAUGAGAUUGAUGAUGGCAUUGGAGGAGGAGGUGAUGGUGGUGCAGAAUUUACCGUCAUCGGUGAAGAAACAGCGUUUUCAACGGGAGAGGAAGCUCGGGGAGGAGGAGAAGCAGGCAGCCGUGUCGUUAAUGGCGCUGUCAUGUGGCUCUGUGCUCUCCUAAGGAGGAAGAAGAAGAAGAAGGUGCAGAAGUAGUAUUUAGUAUUUUACUCAUCAAAGUUCUAAUCUAUACAAAUUACCAACCAAAAUGUCACCAACCAAAUGAAAUUGGAAGAUGACCAGAGAAGUAGGGAAGGGGUUUCUUCCUAAAAUGGUAGUUUUAGGCAAUCAAGAGAGAAGAUUAGGGAAUUCUAAAUGAUAUUUUGUGUAGUUGUAGCUUUGUUCUUUUCUUUUUUUGAACAACUCAUGUGUACAUAUGCCAACAACGUAGUGCACAUUUACGUGCUUAGUUUCUUUCUCCUCAAACCUCAAUUGAGAUCGAUAGUACAAGCAUUAUAUCAAUAAACAACUCAUAU